AUGCCCCUAAAAGCACGAAAACUAUUAGAAGAAAUAGGUGAUGAACCCAUUCUGGAAAUCCAACUUGGUCGUAGACCUGUAAAAGAUCUUGCCAUUAAAAUACUUAACUUUUUAAGUCAUUCAAAAUUUGCUGAUAAACAAUAUGAACUUGGUUAUGAUGAAAUCUAUCACAAUUAUUUGCUCAUCACAGUUCAGAAUAAUCAUGGCUUCAAUGUAGUACAAAAUAUUGUUCGAAAUGCACCAGAAAACACAAAUGGUAAAACAGUUCUGGUACUCGAAAAAUCAUUCCGUAUUGGUCUCAGAGACCCAGUUAUACCUGAUGAAAUGAUAGAUCUGUACGAUAUUCUACUACCACCAAAUAAAUCAUUAACACUGAAUCAAUUAAUUACUACAACAUUAUAUGCUGAAAAAGACUUCUUUGUAUAUGAUGCUGGCGAAAAUAAUACGUGCCAAACGUUUGUCAAAAGUGUUCUUGAAAGCAAUGGUUUGAUGCCUAACAUUGUUGAUGAAGCAACAUUAGAAGCGCUCGAACCAAUCGAUUCUAAAACAUUGGUUGCUACACUAGACGAUCUGUCUGGCUUAGUUAAACUAACAACUGAUAUAGCUGCGAAAUUACACAGGUUAUUGUCUGAUCACAAGAUUAAAUUGAAGUCGAAAAAAAGGAAAGCAAAGCAAUUUAUUUCAUUGAGCAAUGCCAACAUCAUUAGUUCGGAGACUACCAUUGCAAUGUACAAUGCGAUGUCUCAGAUCGAACACGACGUGCGCUCGAUUUCUCAAUGUUGGACGUCAUUUCAACCAUCCUAG